CCGGCUUUGACCUUGAAAUUACACAAGUGCAUUUAAUAAAUAGGUAUAUAAUUAACUUAUUUGCUUAGUCAGUUUUGCGAUCCCAACAAUAGAUAACAGUAAAAUGACAAAAAAAGCAGUUUGCGUAUUAAACGGUGCUGAUGUUAAGGGAACUCUAUGGUUCACCCAACAGGACAAUAAUGGAGCUGUAGAGGUAACUGGUGAAGUUACUGGCUUGGGCAAAGGUCUACAUGGCUUCCAUAUCCAUGAGUUUGGAGACAACACCAAUGGUUGUAUAUCCGCUGGGGCCCACUUUAAUCCCCACAACAAGGAACAUGCCGGCCCCACCGACUCGUCCCGUCACGUAGGCGAUCUUGGAAACAUCGAAGCUGGAGACGCUGGCGUCGCUAAAGUCAACAUUGUUGACAAAAUGAUUUCUCUUGAUGGGGACCACAAUAUCAUUGGCCGUACUCUUGUAGUACACGCCGACCCUGAUGAUUUAGGCCAAGGGGGCCAUGAGUUGAGCAAAUCAACUGGAAACGCUGGGGCUCGUCUUGCCUGUGGUGUUGUUGGUCUGGCCAAAAUGUAAACAUUUUUCAUUCCGAAUGUUGUUUUUAUUUUGUUAUAAGUUUUUAGAGAAUAAAUGAUUAUUUC